AUUCAUGUUUGUAUAGUUUAGACAAUUUUCAAAAUAAAUGCCAAUAUUUUUCUAGGCCAGUGUCUUUCUGCAGGCGACCGCUAGAGGGCACUAAUGACUUAAUUACAAUUACUCAUGAGAACGAUCUUAACAACAUAAUAGAAAUGCAGUUAAUCUGUCAAAAUAUGACAAUCAACAAAAUAAAUAUAUUUUUUCGACAUAACUGUACAUUUCUAAAAUGUAUUACAUUAGUAUGACAUGAUGUUUCCAUUCAUUUAUAGGUGUGGAAUGGUUCUUGUGCUGUGACCAGUGUAUUUAAAAAAAACACUAGAGAGAAAAAAAUGACGGUAUGCCACGAACGGACAGGCUCGUUGUGUUUCAGCACAUUAUAAAGUCGUUGAUAUGACAGAGACACGGUGUGUUUUCCUCUUGUCUGCUUGAAAAUGUCUCCUCAGUCUAACACGAGCAUCAGCGGCAGUAAAACGGCGGCAUUGACGAUCUCUCCGUCAAACGAGCCCAACUAGGCCGCAUUUACUGUCAUCUCAACCGAACGGUGGCUUUAGUUCCGCCUACCGAGGCCGUACUAAGGACGGAUGGCUCUUCCAGCGAAUAGGAUUUGGGUAUGCUGCCGGUCCAGAAUAAAAUUCACCAAUUAGCGUGGAGCAACCGCGUAGGGGCACACUUUCUGCGCUCUCUCUGGCAGGAAAGUUAGUUCCUGCUCUUGCCUGGCCGUUUCCUGUAACCGUACAGUGUUGUGAGACGGAGAAAGCCAUGUGUGUCGAUGCAAAGUUGAGUAUUUAACGUCAAGAAAAAGUUGUGGGUUACGAUUAGCUUCCAUCUCGGAGUUUUUUACACAUUGUGCCCGUCUCCCUGUGUGGAGUGGGCAAGAUGGCAGACCCCAUCAUGGACCUCUUUGAGGACACACCUCUGUUUAACCUGGAUGCCCUACCGGACGACUCCUUCUCACAGGGCUCUACAGACCCCGUGGAGGAGGCUCUGAAGUUGGCAUUGGGUCAGGUGGACCCACCGACCGAGCCGGAACCCACCGUUGAACUCGCAGAUAAUUCUGCCCUCAGUGUUCCUGUAGCAGCCCCUUCUAUCCCCGACCCUGCUCCUGUUCAAGUCCAUGUACAACAGUCGAUACCCAUGGCAACGGCUCAGACUGUUUCCAUGGCUGAAGCUUCCACUGUGGCUCCAACUCUUGCGCCUUCUGAUGCUUUACCUCAAAUUCAGGCCCAGAACAACAUUUCUAUUGCCAGCAACACCAGCGGGGUGUCCUGUAGCACCGUCCUGUUGAGCUCCCCUCUGGCCGUUUCCUCCUCCCCAGCUACAACAACUGCCACAACAUCACAGCUUGCACAGAUAACCCACCAGCUCACUCCUCAGCAGUUAGCUGCCAUUGCGCAGCAGGCUGGUGGUAAAAUUGUUAUUCUCAAGGGACCGCAGGGUCAGGCCCAAGUUCUCCAGACUGUAUCUGGGGCCACGAGCCAGACAACUGGAAAGGUGAUCCGUGUCUUGUCAGGCACUCCUCUCAAACCCGGCAUGUCCAUACUGCAGGGUGGGACAGUAUUGAGUCAGGCAAGUCCUGGACAAGCUCAAGUCAAAGUGGGUACGGGGGUGCAGAGGUUGCUGCAGUCUCCGAACGGACCAGUGAAACAGUUACUGCUCACUUCCAUGCCGCAGCAGACACAGGGCCAGCAGGUUCAGGUGCAGAUCCCAACUCAAGCGCAGGUGGCUCAAGGCCAGACUCAAGUCCAAGUUCAGCCACAGGCCCAGAUCCAGGUACAGGGCCAAGCUGCACAAAUCCAUGUUCAGCCUCAAGGCCAGACAGCUCAGAUCCAGGUCCAGACCCAGAGUCAGGUGCAGCUACAGCCAGCCAUGCAGGCCCACACACAAGGUGGUGAACCAAAACGAAUCACGCUGGUGCUCCAGCAGCCUUCUCAGACAGGUUCUGUUGCAACUGUGGGUCAGACCAUCACAACACAGCAAUCAGUCACACAGGUCCAAACAGCCCAAGGAGGGCAGCCGCAGACACCAACCAGACUGGUGUUGGGUCAACUCCCCGGAGGUAAACUGGUGUUGCAGGGAAGCCAGAUUGCUGCCCUGGCCCAGGCCAGAGCCGGUCAGGCUGGAGGGCAACCCAAAGUUCUCACAAUUCAACUACAAGUGCAGCAGCAGCCAAACCAGCAAGGAGGGGUUAAAUACCAGCUGGUUUCAGGAGCUGGAAAUGCUGGAAGUCCACAGGUGCUCCAGAUCUCUCAGGGUCAGCCAGGACAAAGAGUUGCAGUGCCCCUCAAGAUGCUCCUGCAGCCACAGACAAGUUCAGCAUCUUCAGCUGGUGGCACAGUCUCCGUGGUGAAGGUCAUCAACUCAUCCCCCGCAGGCCCCUCUACCACAACCACCAGCACCUGCCCAACACAGACCAUCCGCAUUGCCAAGGCCCCUGGUGAACCGGCCUCCGUAAGACGAGUGGAGAUCCUGUGUAAACAGGAGAAGGCCAACCGGAUUGUGGCCGAGGCGAUAGCCCGGGCCAAGGCGCGCGGCGAGAAGAACCUUCCCCGAGUCCUGAACCAGGACGAGCUUCCAUCCAGUCAGACGUCUCCUGAGAUGGGAGGCACCAUAACGCUGGUGUCUGCAUCCAAGAAAAAGAGCAGCGGAGGUGGAAGCAAGAAAAAAACUCCAGUGUCCGGAGGAGCCAUGGCCAAAGUAGUGUGUGGAGGUGACAAGAAGGGCAAAGUGAAGUCACCAGGAGGAACACCCGGAGUGGCCACAGGCAUCGUGACACCGGGCUGUGCCAGCAAGAGCAAAAGCAAAACCAAGACAAACACUAUCACUCUGGUGGGUGCAAAGAAGAGGAAGAGAAAUGGUUCUUCUGACCAUUCUGACGGAGAGUUGAGUCCAGCCUCACCUACUGCACUGGAAGAUGACAUGAUUAUGAAGCGGCGCUCCAAUCGUGUGGUAAAGAGGAAGAAGUACACAGAAGACCUGGACAUCAAGAUCACAGAUGACGAGGACGAGCAGGAGGACGUGGACGUGACCACGACAGCGGCAGCCGUCGCCUCCAUUAGUUGUAACAGCGCCACACAGCUCAAACAGGAAAUGGAGCUGGAUGCCGAUGGACUACCCAGCAUGCAGUUCUUUGUUGAAAAUCCUAGUGAAGAAGAUGCAGCCAUUGUGGACAAAGUUUUGUCCAUGAGAUUAACCAAAAAAGAAGUGUCUCAAGGCCAGUACACUAAUGUUGAAGAGUUCUUUGUGAAAUACAAGAACUAUUCCUACUUGCACUGUGAGUGGGCCAGUUUGGAUCAGCUGGAGAAAGACAAGAGGAUCCACCAGAAGAUUAAAAGGUUCAAGACGAAGCAUGCACAGAUGAGACACAUUUUCCAGGAGGAGGAGGAGCCUUUCAAUCCUGACUAUGUGGAAGUGGACAGGAUCUUAGACGAGUCCCAUAGUGUGGACAAGGACAACGGCGAACCUGUUAUUUACUAUUUGGUGAAGUGGUGCUCACUGCCCUAUGAAGAUGCCACAUGGGAGCUGAAGGAGGACGUGGACGAGGGCAAAGUUGAAGAAUUCAGUAAAAUCCAAAACCGACAACCACGUGUGAAGAGAGCGCCUCGGCCUCCAGCAGCUUCAUGGAAGAAGCUGGAAGAAACCAGAGAAUACAAAAAUGGGAACAUACUGAGAGAAUAUCAGCUGGAAGGAGUCAACUGGCUGCUCUUCAACUGGUACAACAGGCAGAACUGCAUCCUGGCAGAUGAGAUGGGUCUGGGCAAGACCAUCCAGUCCAUCGCACUGCUAUCAGAGAUUCACGGUGCUGGAAUCCAAGGCCCCUUCCUGGUUAUUGCCCCUCUCUCCACCAUCACCAACUGGGAGAGAGAGUUCUCCACUUGGACCAACAUGAACGCCAUCGUCUACCAUGGCAGCCUGGCCAGCCGACAGAUGAUACAGCAGUACGAGAUGUACUGCAAGGAUGACAAGGACCAUUUGAUCCCCGGUGCCUACAAGUUUGACGCCCUGAUCACAACCUUUGAGAUGGUGCUGUCCGACUGCCCCGAGCUGAGGGAAAUCUCCUGGCGCUGCGUCAUCAUUGACGAGGCUCACCGCCUUAAAAAUCGCAACUGCAAGUUGUUGGACAGCUUGAAGAUGUUGGACCUGGAGCACAAAGUGUUGUUGACCGGCACUCCACUCCAGAACACCGUGGAGGAACUUUUCAGUCUGCUUCAUUUCCUGGAGCCAGCUCAGUUCCCGUCAGAGACGGAGUUCCUCAGAGACUUUGGUGACCUCAAAACAGAGGAGCAGGUUCAAAAACUACAGGCCAUCUUGAAACCUAUGAUGUUGAGAAGACUGAAGGAGGAUGUGGAGAAGAACUUGGCUCCUAAACAGGAAACCAUCAUUGAGGUUGAGCUGACGGAUGUCCAGAAGAAGUACUACAGAGCUAUCCUGGAGCGUAACUUCAGUUUCCUCAGUUUGGGAGCAAACAGUAACAGCAACGUCCCUAAUCUUCUCAACACUAUGAUGGAGCUGCGAAAGUGCUGCAACCACCCCUACCUCAUCACAGGCGCCGAGGAGAAGAUCGUUGCCGAGCUGCGGCAGGUCUAUGACCCAAUGGCCUCCGACUUCCAUUUGCAGGCACUCAUUCGCUCAGCUGGCAAGCUAGUGCUACUGGACAAGCUGCUGCCUCGCCUGAAGGCCGGUGGCCACAAAGUGCUGAUCUUCUCACAGAUGGUGCGCUGCUUAGACAUUCUGGAGGACUACCUCAUCAACAAAAGAUACCUUUAUGAGCGAAUAGAUGGCAGAGUGCGUGGAAACUUGCGUCAGGCUGCCAUUGAUCGCUUCAGCAAACCUGACUCAGACCGCUUUGUCUUUCUGCUGUGCACCCGGGCCGGUGGCCUGGGUAUUAACCUCACUGCUGCCGACACCUGUGUUAUAUUUGACUCUGACUGGAACCCCCAAAAUGACCUGCAGGCUCAAGCCAGGUGUCAUCGUAUUGGUCAGUCCAAGGCCGUGAAGGUCUACCGUCUGAUAACCAGAAACUCGUACGAGAGAGAGAUGUUGGAUAAAGCAAGUCUGAAGCUUGGACUGGACCGUGCCGUCCUACAGACGAUGAGUGGCAACAAGGACAGCAGUGUCAACGGGAUCCAGCAGUUCUCCAAGAAGGAGAUUGAGGACCUCCUGAGGAAAGGAGCGUACGCUGCCAUUAUGGAUGAGAAUGAUGAAGGCAGUCGCUUCUGCGAGGAGGACAUUGACCAGAUCCUUCAGCGGAGAGCCACCACUAUCACCAUUGAGAGCGAAGGCAAAGGCUCCACCUUCUCCAAGGCUAGCUUUGUAGCUUCAGAGAACCGCAAUGACAUCGCCCUGGACGACCCCGAGUUCUGGCAGAAGUGGGCGAAGAAGGCCGACAUCGACAUGGACUCUAUCAACAGAAAGAACACCCUCGUGAUCGACACCCCCAGAAUACGAAAGCAGACUCGUCAGUUUUCCAGUUUACGGGGCGAAGGUGGAGAUCUGUCUGAUUUGGACAGCGACGAGGAGUAUCCACCUGCGAAUUCCAGACAGUCCCGUGCCUCCAGACGAGCCGAACGCCACAGUGGAGGAGGAUAUGGACGCACUGACUGUUUCCGUGUUGAGAAACACCUGCUGGUCUACGGCUGGGGUCGCUGGAGGGACAUCCUUUCUCACGCCAGGUGCAAACGGCGUCUGAGCGAACGUGACGUGGAGACGAUCUGUCGUGUAAUUCUGGUCUUUUGUCUGCUUCACUACCGUGGCGACGAAAACAUCAAGAGCUUCAUCUGGGAGCUCAUCACUCCUCCAGAGAACGGGUGUGAGCCCACCACACUGCUCAACCACUCUGGUCUGUCUAUUCCUGUCCCGAGAGGCAGGAAGGGCAAACGGGUAAAAGCUCAGAGCACCUUUGACGUUCAGAAAGUGGAGUGGAUCAGGAAGUAUAACCCUGACACCCUACUGCUGGACGAGAGCUACCGCAAACACCUCAAACACCAGUGCAACAAGGUGUUGCUCAGAGUGCGUAUGCUGUACUACCUGAAGCAGGAAGUUAUUGGAGAACACGCCGACGCCGUCCUGAAGGGAGCCGACAUCAGGGACGUUGACAUCUGGAUGCCCGAGAUGGAGCAGCAGGAGGUUCCAGCAGGAUGGUGGGAUACUGAGGCCGACCGCUCGCUGCUCGCCGGUGUUUUCAAACACGGUUAUGAAAUGUACACCACCAUGCGUGCCGAUCCCUGCCUUUGCUUUGUGGAGAGAGUUGGUCGCCCUGACGACAAGGCCAUUGAUGCUGAGCAGCACACUGGUGACACAGAGCUGGGAGAGGAUGCCGACUACGAUAAAUACUCAGAGGAUCCAGAGUUCAAACCGGCCUCGAGGCACAAAGAUCUUUUUGAGGAGCCUGACUCCAUGAACAUGGACGAGGAGGUUUCUGUGGAGGACAAGGCCGCUCCACUGGUCACAGAGAGCUUUUUGAGUCAGAGCAGUGCAGGCAGCUGGCCCUCCAGCUCGUCCCUCACAGCACGGCUACGUCGUCUGAUCACGGCUUACCAACGCAGCUACAGACAGGAGCAGCUGAAAAUUGAGGCUGAGGCCAAGGGUGACCGCCGACGGAGGAGGUGUGAACAGGCCAGUAAACUGAAGGAGAUCGCACGGCAGGAGCGUCAGCAGAGAUGGACACGAAGGGAAGAGUGCGACUUCUAUCGCGUGGUGUCAACCUUCGGCGUGGAGAAGAUGAAAAAGGAACCAAGUCUUCCUGAAGUCACAGAUGAGUACAACUGGACACGGUUCCGCACCUUUGCUCGUCUGGAUAAAAAAACUGACGAGAGCCUCAGUCGAUACUUCCGUGCUUUUGUCUCGAUGUGCCGGAGGGUGUGUCACCUCCCCCCAGGCCGAGAAGAUUCCUUGGAGCCCCCACAGACAGUGGGCCCCAUCACUGAGGAGCGCGCCUCCCGUACACUCUACCGUAUCAGCCUCCUGCGUCGCCUCCGUGAGCGGGUCCUGCCUCACCCUGCCCUGGAGGAGCGCCUGGCCCUGGCCCCGCCCAGCUCGGAGUUGCCCAGCUGGUGGAUUUUGCCAGACCACGAUCAUCAGCUGAUGUUGGCGGCAAACCUGCACGGCGUCAGCCGCACCGAGCAGUCCAUCUUCGCAGACCCGCAGUUCACCUUCAACCAAGCUCGGGAAGAGUUUAUCCAGAACCAGCAGGCCCCGCCGCCGCCUCCACCCCAGCCGCUGCCCAUCAUACCCCUCAUGCAGCCCAAGACGGAGGAAGAAAUGUGCGAGGUGAAGGAGGAAGGAGCCGACGAUGACGCUCAUUUGCUCAGCACUGAACUCUGUGCCGACCUUCAGAGCACGCCUUUAACCCAUCACGAUGGGAAAAUACACGGACAGGCAUGGAGCUUUAAAAAGAGCAAAGGAAGAGGGGGGAGGAAAGGUGGAGAGGAAGGAUCCGAUUCAGAUUCUGACUCUGACUCGGGCUCGUCAUCGUCGGACCAGUCGGGGAGCAGCGACGACAGUGGGGACAGUGACGAGGAGGGUGAAAAGAGAAAGGUGUGUGACGCAGAUGAAGACAACAGUUUACUAUCCAUCACUCCGUCUCAGGACGGUAUUCCACCUCCUGAUCCUCUCAGACUUGAAUGGCCAAAGGACCGUGUGUUGAUCAACAGACUGGACAACCUGUGUACGUUGGUGCUGACGGGUCAGUGGCCCUCAGGACGGCGGUACGUGUCCGAGGCUCAGCUCAACCCCAGCUCUGAGCUGGUGGGAGACGAUAUGUCCUGCACGAGGCUGAUCCGUAAACCCAGCAGCAUGACCGUAGGUCUGGGGGCUGAAGGAGAAGACGGAGAGUUCACUGUCAAACUGCUGAAGGAGGAGGGGCUAAAGCUGACCUUCUCCAAACAGUCACUGAUGCCUAAUGGAUCAGCAGGAGAGAGCAGCAUACGCAAGAGACGCAAAGAUCAAGAGUUAUCAGAUCCAGAGGGUCUCCUGGAUUCUCUGGAUGGCACGCCUCGACGGAGAGACCCUCCCACAUGGCUGAAGGAGAACCCAGAAUAUGAGGUGGAGGGAGACAUGCUAGAGCUUCUUGUGAACAGAAGCAAAAGGAAGAGGAAGAGGAGGCCAAAAGCCCUAACCGGCAGUGAGAAGGUCAAGCUCAUAAAUAUGAGGACAGGAAAGAAGGUUGGAACAGCGUUCCUUCCUAUGCUGCAAGACCUGAGAGAAUAUCUGGAGGAGAACCCUGACAACGCUGUAGCACCAGAGUGGUCCGAGACAGUUCGGAACUCGGGUUUCCUGCCUGAGACCUACUUCCACCGACUGCUGACUGAACACUCACAGAUCCCUAAGAAAAGCAAGAGGCGUCAUCACCAUCAUCACCAUCACCACCACCACCACCACCGUCACCACCAUCACCUCACUCCAGAGCCUGUUCAUGAAGAGCCCAGCCUGGACGGUGUUGAGGAGGAGACACUGGUAUCGGACGGAGCCUACAUGAUGGACGAGGAGGAGCUGGAGGCCUCCCAUCACUUUCUCACCAGUGCAGACUUUGAUGUGAAAAUUAUGGGCGGUGACGGCAUGUCCCAUGCCGACUAUGACAGUUCGGAUCAGGAGGCGUUACUAGAUGAUGUCAUCAUGACACAGAAGGACUCUGACUCUUCGUCGAGCUCAGAGGAUUGA